GCGGGCGGCCGGGUGCGGUGAGGAAGGAAGGGUGAGCGAGGAAAACACAAGGAAGGAGGGGAAGUGCGGAUGGCUGUGAGGUGCCAUCAGCUGCAGCUUUAGGCGCCGCGCGGGUCUGGCCCGGAGAUCAAGCCCGGCCGAUCCUUCUCGGAAGGAAGAAAAUAUUCCUUGGAGUGUGGGAGGCGCGUGCGCUUGGGGUCCGAAAGUGAGGUGCAUGGGAGUAUAUAGAAUUUAAGCAUUCUCUCAGAAGUGUAUGGUAGAGCUAAAGAAGACAGCCAACCAAGGGUCAUCUGAAAUUGUGAUUGGCUAAUAAUCCCAGGACAAAGUUAGAGAUCACUACUCAAAGCAUAAGGCCUCUACAAAGAUGUUUGAUAUAAAGGCUUGGGCUGAGUAUGUUGUGGAAUGGGCUGCAAAGGACCCAUAUGGCUUCCUUACAACAGUUAUUCUGGCCCUAACUCCAUUGUUUCUAGCAAGUGCUGUACUGUCUUGGAAAUUGGCCAAGAUGAUCGAGGCCAGGGAAAAGGAGCAAAAGAAGAAACAAAAACGUCAAGAAAAUAUUGCAAAAGCUAAACGACUAAAAAAGGAUUGAAGGAAUGAACAGGCUCUGCAACCAGAGGAAAAUCAUCUGGAAAAUUAUGCAGCUUUGGAAGGACCCAUUAAGGUUUCUUUUCAGAUCUUGUGACAGUAUUAUUUAGUAAACGAAGUCUGAGCAUGUGGAAGAAUCAUGUUAGUUCUCACCUGUACUAUAGCAACUUUUAGGCUUCGGUGUAGAAGUCUGUUGACAGUUACUGUAAAUUGGCAUUUAUUAUGCUACAGAUUCUUUAUAACUGACUUAGUCAUUUGCCUUUUUGCAGCAUAUGUACUACAGUGAAAACAUCCUGUGGAGAAAAAUGGCUUUAGAUUAUGGACUCUAUUCAAAUAAUGGCUUAAAAUGGGGUCCUGUUCUGGACAAAGGAGAUUAAGAAUGUAAAAAUCAGAAUUGUCCUGAGGUGAAAAGCAUGCUUUGGCUUAAAAGAGAUACAGUGUGUUAAUCACAUCUUUUAUCAUUAUUACUUAUUUCUUGAAAUAGAAUCAUUUCUGGCUUCCUCAAAGCAAAGUAUUAUUCAACGAGUACUUCUAUUUUCUGUAUUUUUCUCAUUUUAGCUUUUGAGAUACUGGUAAUUACCAGACAUUCUGCAUUUUUAAAAAUCUAAUUUUAUAAAGAAUUCUCUUAUUAUCUUGACCAUGUAGAAUACCACUUACUGGAUAUAACAAUUUUUGUACUUAUGAACACUGCCAUUUUCUUAGAGAUGACUUGAGUAGAUCAACACUAUGAUUUAAAGCUUGGAGUAAAAAUGCCAAACCUUGUAGUACCUUGGAACCAGUUCAUUCUCACUUGUGCUAUAAGUAGAAAUGUGAAGUAGUUAAAAUGUCUUAUCAAAUAAUUUGCUGAUUAUAUAAUACCACUUUUGUUUUUCAUUCCAUUCUUUAAUUCAUGUGGUAGUGAUGUCCUUUACUUUUUUGAUCAAACAGGUUCAUGGUGAAAAUUAAAAUUCAAAUCUCUUUUAAGGAACUUUGAAAGAGUAACAGUUAAGUCAUAUUUCAUAAAUGGUAAAGAAAGGCUUAACAGUUGGAAAAAGUUUGUUUAGCAUAGUAUUAGUUGGGUGAAAAAGGUGUAAAUCAUGUCAAAAUUAGAAUGUGUUAUAGUUAGAAAUAAAGGGCUGAAGGAUAUUUCCUUCAGUUAAGUAGUAUAACUGGAACUUUUUACUCUUUAACAUGGCUUUUAUAAAUGCAUGGUUAAUAAUUUUGUUGUCAGUAAUUAAUAGCUUAUUGAUGUUUUCCUCACCCCUGAUAAUGAAUCUUAAAUUACAAAAAAAUUGUCUAAAAGCUUUAACUUAAAAAUGAAACUAGAUAUUGAAAUAAAUUUGAUACAUUUUUAUAAAGAGGUCCUGGGCUUUGUUUUUUUUUUGUGGGGGGAGGAGUAAUAAUUCAAGUUAAAUAUGUUAUAGAAGUUAGACUUUUCAGAGGGUUACAAAUUUCAUUUAUAGAUAAGCAUGCAGUUGACCCCUGAACACCACGCUGGGCUUUGUUUUUUUUUGUGGGGUUAGGAGCAUGAGUCCUCCCUUGCAGUCGAAAAUCCCUGUAUAAUUUAUAGUGGACCCUCCCUAUACAUUGUUCCUUCCUAUAUGCAGGUCCUCCAUAUCUGCAGUUCCGAGGUCCCUCUGUAGCCACAGUUCUUCAUCCGUGGAUUCAACCAACCCUGGAUCAUGUAGUCUUGUAGUAUUGACCACUAAAAACAUCUGUGUAUAAGUGGCCCCACACAGUUCGAACCCAUGUUGUUCAAGGGUCAACUGUACUUGUAAAAGUUGAGAGCAAUGUUUCUCAAAUAUGAGAACCUAAGGACCUCUGAGAAUGUUUAUGGACUGGUUGAACAAUACUUAUCACUGUUAUUUUAGGUUGUCAGUUCCUACUUGGUGCCAGUGUGAUCAACACAUUGCAGCUCCAAGCACUGAAAUAAUUCAGUGUUUAAUUACAAAUUAGUUAUUCAGGUGAUCUAGGAUAAUGCUUUUUAUAUUGUCAUUGAAAUUUAAACAAAACUUACAGUUAUCCACUAAAGCUAUGGUUUCAUUGCUCAUUGUGACAAUUUAAAGGUAUUUAACUAAAAUAGGUUUUUCUAUAGUCCCUGUUAGUCUUAAUACAAUUUUGUAUUUGUUUGGCAUAGGCCAUUUAUUGUUUCUUCAGCUUUUCCCAAAAUUUAUGGAGCCUUUUUAUACAUUUGAGAUCAACAAGGUUUUAUAAUAUGUGUCUAUAUGUUUGUGUGUGUUGGGGGGUGGUGUAAAUUAGAGACUAUAGAGCUACCUCGAUUUAAAAUGGAUUACAUCCUGAUAAACCCAUUGCAAGCUGAAAAUAAUUUACUGAAUAAUGUACUGAAAGUGAAAAACAGAAUGGUUGUGUGGGUAUCGGUUGUUAACUUGUGAUUGCAUGGCUGACUGGGAGCUGUGGCUCCCUGCCACUGCCCAGCAUCACAAGUGUCCUACUGCACACUGCUAGCCCGAGAAAAGAUUAAAACUCAAACAACGUUUCUGUUGAAUGUGAAUGUGUAUCAUAAAGUUGAAAAAUUAAGUUGGGGACUGUGUAUUAUGAGCUUUGAGAGUCUUCAGAAAAAUCAAUCUUUUAUUGUAACAUACUGUUAUGGUUACAAGAAUCCCAUUUACUGUUACCCAGAAUAACUCUUUUAAAAACUGCCUACAUAUUAUGUUGUUUCUGAAGUUCUUAGAACUAAUAUAAUCAAUUAUGGCUGGUUUUGAAGGAAAAACAAGCUGCCUAUAACAAACAUUUUACCACCAAAAAGUUUGUGCAUCAGAAUUUGAUCCAUAGCGUCCACGUGGUAAACUUCAGCAUGGUGUUACUGUAUCAGAUGUGCAAGGGGAUUUUAAACCUAUUUCCUGAAAUUACAGUGAGCAAACUUGAAAUAAGUUCGGAUGCUGUAAGCUAGAAACCCAAUGUUGAGAUCCACUAUUAAGUAACAGCUCGUCACCCAUUGUUAGGGGCACUUUAUACCUCAUCUGGUUUUAAGUUAGAGGAAGUCUGAUACCUAUUUAGGGAUGAUUGCUUUCAGGUUUGCAACUGAUUAUAGGAUCACUCUGAUUUACUUCAUAUCUGUAACAUAUAAGGACAAAUUCUGUAUUUCUCAAACAUUAAAGGGGAUUCCGUGUUCAAAUACCAAAAGUUUGGGAAACACAAGAUAAGACAAUUCAUUUCUUCAUGAUUUCUUGGAGUCUUUUAACCUUCUUUGACUAUCAUAGACUCUUUUCUUUUCCCCCAAAGAACACAAAUAGUUUGAGAAAGCCUAGUCUAAAUGAAUUCAGGUUACAUUUUAGAUAGUGUGGUUAAUGAGACAGCAUUAAAAAAGUCAGUAUGAUGGUAUUGGGUCAAGGCUGAUGAAAUUAGGAAGUAAAUGAGAGCCAGAAAUCAGUAAAAAUGGAAUGCAAAAGGAUAACAUAAUGGGGAAAAAUUAUUUCCUCCAUUUUUUUUUGAUUUUUAACUUCAGAUAUCCAAGGCAUAGCUAAUAGGCUAGAUUUAUAUGGUUAAACCCAAAAGGCAACGCAUGUAUACCUGAGCAGUUUGUAUAAUAAGGCCUUUGGGGGAAAAAAUGCUAUAUGCAUGUAUAGCAGAGGCACAGGAAGUCAGGAAGGAUUUAUCUGAGAGAACUUGAGGUAUGUAUGACACUUUAAUUAUUAUUAUUAUUUUAAAUUAAUUAUUUUUGGCUGUGUUGGGUCUUCGUUGCUGUGCGUGGGAUCUCUAGUUUGUGAGUGGGGGCUACUCUUGGUUGCGGUGUGCGGGCUUCUCAUUGUUGUGGCUUCUCUUGUUGCGGAGCACGGGCUCUAGCCUCGCAGGCUUCAGUAGGUGUGGCACGUGGGCUCAGUAGUUGUGGCACGUGGGCUCUAGGGCUUAGGCUCAGUACUUGUGCGUGGGUUUAGUUGCUCUGCAGCCUGUGGGAUCUUCCCAGACCAGGGCUCGAACCCAUGUCCCUUGCAUUGGCAGGCAGAUUUUUAACCACUGCGCCACCAGGGAAGCCCCAAUUUAAUUAUUUUAAAAUGAACAUUUUAACUUUUGAAAUUUAAAAAUCUGCAUGGGUUUUGGAGUCUGUCUUGAAAAGAUGAAGAAAAACAUUUUCAUUAAAAAAAAACUUAUAAAUUCCCCAAAUAUAACUUUAAAAUAUGAAAUAUGGUGGACAAGUGAAUAUUUUAUGUGAAACUCUGAUUCUGCUUUGCAUGUGUCUGGCUUAAAAGCCACAUAUAAACACAAGAUUGUUUAGAAAGGCAAUCUUAAUUAGGCCAAGAUUAUAGUUCAGUUUUUAUGUAGGACUAAAUCUUCUCAGAACUCUGUUCUGAUACCACCUAACAGUGUAAACCAGUCAUCCUAAAAAUGUUAGUCUUGAGGAAAGGAGUGUGGAUGGAUUACUACAAAGUUUAUUCUCAAAAUCACUUUGAAAGUUCAUACUUUACUAAUAAUGGGUGGGCCAGUAUCAUCUUCUUAUGUAACGUAACUGUUGGCUAAGAUUUUCUUUUAUGUAAAACAGGUAUUUUAAAAUGAAAACCAUAAAAAUUAAAAUUAAUGUAAAUUCUGUCAUACAUUAAGAUAUUUAUAAACAGCCUACACAACAAACUUUUGUAAAAUAUGUAUAUAGAAUACAGUUAAUAAGCUGAUAGGAAUUUGGUAGUAGACACAUUCUAUUCUAGCAUGUUAGAAUUUACAGUUUUUCCUGUAACCUGGGGUUCAAGAACAUCUUACUUUACAGUCAGUUAUACAACAAAUUUUAUCUCUUUUUAUAUUGCCUAAUAGCUAGUUCCUUUUUUGCCUCUUUGGUAAAAUGUAAUACUACUUUGGAAUAAUGUAAAGAGACAGAAUGAUUAACUUGAUAUUAACAGGGCUGCUGGAACGUUAAUAUUACCACCUAGGGGCUUUUUUUUUUGUCAUUUCAUGAGUGUUAUGGUGAUUACAUUUGAUUACUUGUUUCAGUAUAACAUUUUAUAAAGUUGUAUUUUUCUGUAGUUUAUUUCUUAAGCAGUUAAAAUUUUUACCUUCUAAUAUUAAGUAAAAAUCUCAGUCCAUAUUUAUUGAGUAGUUGCUACAAUGUCAAACACUGUUAGAAGACCUCUAUAUUAGAAUUAGAACUCUGUUAGCAACAAAAACUUGGUUGUGCACUUCAGAAAAUGUAUGACACUUUUAUAUAUAAUCUGUUUUAAUGUUGUCAUCUGUCUAUAAUUUUCUCCAAUAUAGAAAUCACUGUAAUCUCCACUAUCAGUGGAAUCACGUUCUGAGAACUCUGCCCUAUUUUCUAUUUCUUCAAAGUAAUUUUUAAUCUCACAGAACUGCAAUUACUGUACCAUUUCUCUGUUUACCAUCUUUUCAGACUUUUGUGAUAGAUUGUCUACUUCCAUUGGUCCUAAUUCUUCUUUAAAACUCCAACCUCAAUUCCACCAUAAAACAGCUUUUGUCCCAUCUACUAUAUCAUAGGGUGUUUUUCAUUUAUCAAAUAAAUUUUCUUGGCCUCCACGUGUUUUUAUCCUGGCCUCCAUGUGUUUUAUCCAAGUUCAUGUUUUUGAUUAGUUCUUU